AUGAAGCUUCUUGCUCUUUCUCUCGCCGCUAGCAGUGCUGCUGUUGCAGCCCAAGACAACUUCAAUGUCUUCCAGCAUAUCGGCGGCAACGGACAAUGGUUCCCCGGCGAAGAGGUGGCGGGCAUUUCGUCCGAUAUACCUACAGGAUGCAAGGUCGAUCUGGCAGCUUUCUUCUCCCGUCACGGUUCGCGGUUCCCAGACCGUGGCGCCUACAAUGGGUGGGUUGAAUUCGCCAAUUACAUCCAAGCCGCCGGAGACAUCACCAUCACCGACGAGAAGCUCGCGUUCCUCAAAUCCUGGAAGCCGGUCCUCUCAGACCCGGACGCUCAAAUCGCUAAUCUGAGCCCGACCGGCUGGAAAGAACUACACGAGAUGGGUACAACGUGGCGCCUUCGUUACCCCGACCUGUACAAGUACAACACCGCUUUUACUAUGUGGGCAAACUACUAUACGUCUGGUCCACGCGUUCGGGACAGCGCACGCCUGUUCGCUCAAGGUUUCGUGGGGCCCAACGCUACAGACCUCACUACAAUCUAUGCUCUCAACGCGAGCGACCCUGCCAGUUGGGGCAACACUCUUGCUCCCAGCGACCUGUGCAAUGCCUACAACGACGCGGGUGGAGGUCCUGCCAAGGAGACGUGGGACUCUAUGUACCUUCCCCCGAUUGCCGCUAGGCUCAACGGGAAGAUCCAAGGCCUGAACCUCACAACGAGUCAAGUCGACCAGAUACCCUACUUGUGUGGAUUCGAGACGCAAAUCACCGGCCGUCGAAGCCCCUUUUGCGAUAUCUUCACGCAGGAAGAGAUCUUGCAGUACGAAUAUGCGCAGGAUUUGCGUUAUUGGUACGGCACCGGUCUGGGAUCCGAUAUCGAGAAGUAUCAGAUGUUGCCUAUCGUUGACAUGACUGUGCAACGCUUUGUCGAUGGUCCAGACGCAACCUACAAGACGGGCAAUGGCACUUUUGUCCCUCCAAAGAUCAUGGCCAAUUUCGCAAAUGAUGGCCAAAUCAACCAGCUGGCCGCUGCGAUCGGUGUUUUCGACAACCGACAGCAGCUUCCUGGCAACAUGUCGUUGUCGGACCGACUCUUCCGCUCCUCUCAGGUCGUGAAGAUGCGCGGAACUGUUGCAUUCGAACGCCUCUCUUGUCCUGCUGCUGCCCACAACAGCACAUAUGGCUCUGGCUAUGCAGCCGACUACAACGGCACCGCCCCUGAAGAAACUUUCAUGCGCAUCCGCAUUAACGAGGUUGUCUACCCUGUUGUGGAUUGCACCAGUGGUCCUGGCUCAUCUUGCCCCCUGUCUCAGUACCAAGAUAUCAUCAAGGCGAAGCGUGCAGAGGCCGGUGACGUGACCAAGCUGUGCAACAUGACGGGCGAAGGCCUUGCGGCACAGCCAAAAGCAACCUUUUUCUUCGACAACACACUUCCGUGGCAGACAGUUGUUAAGCCCUAG